AAGUAGGAAGAGCGGAAGGGGGGAGGAAAGGGGGAGGAAGAAGGAAAGGGAAGGUCCGUCCUCCCUCCACACGGAGUCAAACUUCUCUACAACACUUUCACUACCUUGUCUUCCAUGUCUGAAUAAAACGGGGGAAGCUUUUCUUCGUCGCGGUCAGCCCUCAAAGUGGAUCCGGCGGGCUGACGGGACCCGCGGGGUGACGGACUGCGACAUGUCGGAGGGAUCCGGGGCCGAGUGGAUGCGACUGUGAGGCGGGUAAAACCCUCCGAGGUCUCCCUGCUGCUGAAGAUGGAGAGAGAGAAAGAGACAGCAGAGGAGAAGGAGGAGGAGGAAGAGGAGGAGGACAACGAGCUUCAUCAUCACAUCGCAGCCGCCUCCUCUGUGGACUACCUUCCCAUCAUGCACUGGGACGACCUGAGUCAGAGGAUAGCGGAGUUGGAGAAACAGGAGCAGGAGAGGAGGGAAAAGUCAAAGAGAGGUGAGGUAAGGAUGGGGGAGAGCCACGGGGGAGUGUGGAGGGACGUGUGGGAGGAAGAGGAGGAAGACUUCCGGAGGUGCAGAGUCGCUUCUGUCGCCUCACGAUUUCACAACCACAGAAACCUGCAGCUGUGCUUCAUCAACAACAGCGACAGUGAAGACGACGAGGAGGGAACCAAGAAAAAGGUUUCCAUGGGACCGGGGGGAAUUAGUUGCCAUGCCGCCGCCGGGUUGAAACAGGAAGUGAUCAUUGCCCUGAGGACGCUGAGAGACAAACUGCUGGCUGAACAGAAGGAGAAGGAGCAUCUGGCUGGCUGCAGCAAUGUUGCCAAGCGGAAACAUCUGGAGUGUUGGGAGCUUCAGGAGUGUUCAGAGAAACAGCUCCGCAGCCUGAGAGGGACACUUCAACAGGAAGUACACGCUCUGAGCUCCGAGCUGGUGGCUCACCUGUUGGUACGAGACCAGCUGAGAACGAAGCAGGACGCCAUGCUGCUGGACGUGCAGGACCUGACCUAACACCGGGACCACAGAAUACCCCGUCCAUGUGAACGAGAUGACUCCACUUCAAUGUGAACGUUUGGAUGCUUUGUGACCAGGAGAAGCUGCUCGCCCACGUCCGACCAGAAGUCUGUUUCCAGGACGACUAAUUAAAGAAAACUGACCAGCGAGUGAGCAGCGUUCAGGGAAACAAACGGAGAUCUGAAUGGAAGCUCUGCAUGAAAGGAAGUCCUUAAAAGUCGCUCAGCAUCGUCGAGAUCAAACGUUAGCUCAUAUCCAAGGGAAAGAAAAGCCUCUGCACGUGACGGCGCGUUCAUAUGGAACAACAAAGGUCGUAAACAAACAAUCACAUGUUGGUUUUUGUUGGGAAGUAAUAUCUGUAUUCAAACAUUCCCAUCACGCCUCUCUCUCUGUAAAGGUGUUGAAUUAUCCAUAUCUGUGAGGCCUGUGUCAAAAAGAGACAAAAUCUCAGCUAUUUGAGCUUUUUUGUCUUUUUAUUUUCAGCCAUUUUAAACGUUAAGUUCUCGUUAUUUGGUCGACCUUUAACGCCACUCAGGAUCUGAGGAGAACGUUGUUUACUUUUCAGGAAUCUUCUUGCAAAUGUGCGGAAACUUUCGUUUCGUUCAACUUUUCAAGGAUUUUCCUAAGAAUUUUCAGGAAAUUUUGCAGAAAUUUAGUUUUUGCUGAAGUUUCAGGAAUUUUAGGGGAAAUUUUCUUAGAAAUUAAGGGAACUUUUUGUUCAGAAAUUUUAGGAACUCUUUUCCUAGAUCUUUCAGAAGCUUUUGUCUGGAAUUUUCAUUUGAGUUCUCUGGUGAAUUUCCUGGAUAUUUCCCUGUGAGUUUUUUUGUUUUCAGAAGCGUUCGUCAGAAGGUUUUUGGAAGUUUCCCCAGAACGUUUGUAAUUAAACUGAACUGUUUUAAAGUUUUGUAACCUUUAACCGAGAGCACAAAAUCAGUUGUACAAAUAUUAGAAAGAAUCUUGAAAAUCUGAAUUAAAUUUGGACUGCAGUACCCAUUUUAAACACUAGAGGUCAGAGUUACAUACUGCUCCUUUAAAGAUCCUUGAAUUCAUUUCAUUGGCUGAUAUAGUAUUACAUUUAAAUCUUUAAGAUUUUAAUUAAAAACAAAACUUCCUUCGACAUAAUGACGUUUCCCACAAUCAUUCAAACAAAAGGAUUUUUUAUUUCCUGUUUGUGAAAACUCUACUUUAAUAUGCAAAUAAGGGAUGUUAACUUAUCUUAUUUAAGUUUGAUUGUGUUUAAUACUUUUAUAUUUUUAUUAUAUUAAUAUGGGAACAUAACACUCACGCAGCACAUGUAGCGAGACGUAACCCAUGCCGUUUUAUAUUUCAUGUUUUAUUCUGAAAAAUCGUCUUGGAUGUCUCAGAUGAUCAUCUGCACCUCCAAAUAAAAGAAGGAGGAGUGCCGGUAGCGUAGUGGUUAGAUCGUGCGUCCCAUGUACAGAGGCUUUGGAACUCCAAGCGGGUGGCCCGGGAUCAAACCUGACCGCAUGUCAUUCCCCUCCCUCUCUCUCUCCAUCUGAUUUCUGACUCUUUCCGCCGUCCUGUCUCUACAGUAAAGGCGCAAAAGGCCAAAAUUAAAAGAAGUUGAUAUUGGAUUUUAGCGACAGCAACGUGGCCGUCCAUAAGUUUCAAAAGAUUACCAACGAUAUAAUAUUUUCAGGAUUUGUGUUUGUAGUGAUUUUAAUGAUGGCGUGAAACCUCGUUUAACAAACAAUGCUAAACCCGUCAGGUACCGUCCGUGAUGACGUUAUAAUGAAGAGAUAAAUGCACUUAGUUUAAACAUCCCACCAACAUUCUCUGUUUUCUAUCCUUCUCAAAUGUUUUAUAUAUAUAAAGUAUUAGUCCUUGUCCACACGUAGGCGGGUCUUUUUGAACAUAUGGCUUUUUCUGUGCAUUUUGAUCUUUCAUUCGCAAACGGCGUUUCAGGUCCCUGUAAACUCUCCUUUAGUAAAACUCCUUCCCAGGGUGGAGAUGUUCAGAAACUACGUUUAAGGUGUUUCUGUGUGAGGACAUUGGGGGUCCCACCACACAAACCCCAUCGCUACAGUCGGCGGUUUUGGAUGAGACUCCGUUGGACUUUGGGAAGGUGGGAGAACUUUGACGAUGAAAUGGUCGUUGCGGAGGAAUCACCGUCUGUUGACUUGGCGUGCGUUGUUGCAUUUUCAUGUGGACGAAGAUGUUUUUGAGAACUGAGCGUGUGUGGACGAGGUUAUUUUAAAAUAGGGUAGGAAACCUUUUUUUAAAAAUUCCUGCCUUCUUGUGGACUCGGCCUGAUUCUGACCUCAGUGAAUUAUUUUGGUGUUAAUCAGGGAUUCAGAUGAUUUAUAACGAGGCGUUUUUAAACCACUCCUACCAAUGUGGCCAGCUGCAGGAAUGAUACUGACUGAAUGUCGUACGGAUGUUACUGUAAAGAAAAUGUUUCUUAUUUUUAACGUAAAGCUAUAAACGACAUCUAAACUGUGUCGUAUGAAACGGGACAUAAAUACGAGAAGACUUUAAAAGAGUUAUACUUGGCGUUAAUGUGGUCGUGGAAAUUAGCUAACAAAGAAGCUAACAAUGUAAACGAUUUAUUAUUUCAUUGAGACCGUGGGCAUAUGUUAGAGAUGUGUUUUCAGAUGUAAAUAAAUACAUUUAAAAUAUAUUUUGUGAAUGUAAACAUUAACUCUGAAAUAUACUUUGAUGUCAAGCUACA